UCUCCCCCCCUCCUAUCUCGCACACUGCUAGUCCCGCCUUUCACCGCCCCUGAGAGGGACUGGGAGUUUAAUGUUCCCUCUGGCCGUCUUCGAUAUCCGGGGACACAUUUUACUUUACUGACAUUUUUUUCUCACCACUUUUUGUGUGUUUUACUUCCUCGACACUUUUAAUUUGCGUCCAAGAAAAUUAUAUUUAGCCUACUGCAGUUUCACCGCCCCACCUCACCCGAGCAACAUUCUAACCACAAGCCAUGCUUCUACCCUCUUCACUACUACUCCUCCUUGGCCUCCUCACCUGGAGUCCCAGUGCAUCAUGGGCCGCUAAAGUGAUCGUGGUCCCACCCAUCAUGUUUGAAUCACACCUCUACAUUUUCAAGACGCUGGCCACGGCUCUGCACCAGGAGGGCCAUGAGACCCACUUUCUAAUUUCAGAAGGUCGUGGGGUGCCCCCUUCCCCUUAUUACCACUUACAGCGCUACCCAGGAAUUUUUAACAGCACCACGGCUGACAAUUUCCUCCAGUCAAAAGUCAGCAACAUCUUCUCAGGCCGCCUAACAUUUCUGGAACUGUUUGAUAUACUUGACCACUACUCUCAGAACUGUGAUGCUGUCGUUGGCAAUGUUGAGGUAAUGACCCGCCUCAAGGAGGCCAAAUUUGACCUGCUGCUAGUAGACCCUAAUGAGAUGUGUGGUUUUGUGAUCGCUCAUAUCCUGGGUGUGAAAUAUGCCGUGUUUAGCACAGGCCUGUGGUACCCUGCAGAGGCGGGCGCCCCAGCCCCACUUUCAUAUGUACCCGAAUUCAACUCAUUGCUGACAGACCGCAUGUCUCUGGUCCAGAGGAUCGCCAACACAGCGGUUUACCUGGUGCAGCGCUUUGGAGUCCGUUACAUUGCAUUACCCAAAUAUGACCGGAUUAUGAAGAAACAUGGAGUGAAGCCUCAAGUGGCCAUGUCUGACUUGGUGCAGGGCAGCCGGCUGUGGAUGCUAUGCACUGACUUGGCUCUGGAGUUCCCCAGGCCCACCCUGCCACAUGUGGUGUACAUAGGAGGCAUCCUUACCAAGCCCCCCAAUCCACUUCCACAGGACUUUGAGGCAUGGGUGAAUGACACAGCGGAGCAUGGCUUUGUGGUUGUGUCGUUUGGAGCUGGGGUCAAGUACCUUUCCCAUGACAUUGCUCACAAACUGGCAGGAGCCCUCGCCAGGCUGCCCCAGCGUGUCAUCUGGAGAUUCUCUGGACUUCCACCCAGUAACCUUGGUAACAACACCAAGCUUGUUGAUUGGAUGCCUCAGAAUGACUUAUUAGGUCACGCCAACACAAGGGCCUUUCUGAGCCAUGGUGGCCUGAACAGCAUCUACGAGGCCAUGUAUCAUGGGGUGCCAGUGGUAGGUGUGCCCCUGUUUGGAGACCACUAUGACACCAUGACUCGUGUGGCAGCCAAAGGUAUGGGUAUCAUGUUACACUGGAAGUACAUGACCGAGGAAGACCUCUACACAGCCCUGACCAGCGUCAUCAAAGACGGCAGGUACCGCCAGCAAGCACAUACUCUCUCAAACAUUCACAAAGACCAGCCAGGCCACCCUGUGACCAGGGCUGUCUACUGGAUCAGCUACAUCCUACGUCACCAUGGUGCCAACCACCUGCGAUCUGCCGUAUACGAGGUGUCCCCCUACCAGUACUUCCUGCUGGAUGUGAUUUUCACUGUAGGGGCUGCCUUGGCUCUGAUCAUCUUUGCCCUGCGACGGUUGGUACGAUUGCUGAGGGGGAAGGCCGGGGACCAGAGCAGAGGAGGUGGUGUCCCCAGGGAUGAUGGUAACAUGGUCAAUGGACAUUGCCAUAGCGAGAGCAUGGCCAACGGGAAACACAAACGCAAUGGCUCCUUGAAAAUCGAGAAGAAGCUGAAUUAAUGUUUUGAAUGACCAAAAGGGAUGAGGAAGAAGUUGCCCCAAGGACUCAGCUCUAGGUUUAGUUUAGUGGGUUAAUAAAAGCUUUGAGAGAAAGCUGUUCUUAGGUCUGUGUCGAGAGGCAACUGCUAGUCAGAGUGAGCAAGAUGCUGUAGGAUACACAAUGCAUCGUGUGGGGACAAAGCAAGGCAUCGGGUGCUCAAAAUCUGUGUGUGUGUCUGUGUGUCUGUGUGGGUGUAUGUGUAUGUGUGAACUGAAGCAAAUUUAACGAAAACUCUAAUAAAAGAAGCUACAGCAAUACAACACCAAAUUGGAAAGUCAUUGAGGAUCAAACACAGGAAAGACACAUUGGGAGGACAUUGUUUUUUCAUGUACAUCAUUUCUCCUGCAAGUUCCCUGUCUUCUUCUGGCUUCCUUACCAAUGGAAGGAUGAUGAAGAGGGGAAAUCCUGAGCGCCAACUCCUCAUCCUCAGAACAAAACAAGAAAACCAAUGGAUAACUUUUGAAAUAGUUAGGAUUUAAUGUUUUUAACUGCAAACUCUGCUUCUAUGUGUGUCUGGUAUACUGUAAAUAGAGGAAACAUCUUAUUGUUACUGUACAAAUGCAUUUUAAUGAUAGACCCUUUUAACAAUUUUAAUCAAAUUUUUUUAUUUAUUUCAUGUGUCAAUAGUGUGAUAGCAUUAAGGUAGAUGUACACUCCCUCGUCUAAGCUCAUAUUGGUGAAAUAAACAAAACAAAGACUAA